AUGGAGCGACGCGCCGGCGAGAACGGCGACGUCGUCCUGGAGAUCAACUCUCCCGGCGCCGACGGCCACCAGCAGGGCGGCGAUGGCGGCGCAAACGGCGGCGGGGAUGCCGCCCGCCGGACCCUGAGCUUCAGCCAGGCCUACAAGAUGCGGCACCGCACACCCCAGGCGUUCACGGUGUCGCAGACGCUGCUGCUGAGCUUCCAGUCGCUGGGCAUCGUGUACGGCGACCUGGGCACGUCGCCGCUGUACGUGUUCCCGUCCGUGGUCCUGCCCGGCGCCGGCGAGCGGGACUUCCUAGGCAUCCUCAGCCUCAUCCUCUGGACGCUCACCCUGAUGAGCCUGGUCAAGUACGUGCUCAUCGUGCUCCGUGCCGACGACCACGGCGAGGGCGGCACCUUCGCGCUCUACUCGCUGCUGCGGCAGCACGUCAGCUUCAAGACCGGCAGCACGCCUGCGCAGGUCACGCGGCUGCCGUCCGACCUCCAGCUCAGGUUCCACGGCAAGAAGAGGCGGCCGGAGCCGUCCCGCGUGCAGAGGUUCCUCGAGGGCAGCGCCGCCGCCCAGUCGGUCCUCACCUACGUCGUGCUCGUCGGCACCUCCAUGGUCAUGGGCGACGGCGCCCUCACGCCGGCCAUCUCAGUUCUUUCGGCCGUUCAAGGAAUCCAGUCGAGAUCCCCGAAGAUCGAACAAAAGCAUGUGGUGAUGCUGUCGGUGGUGAUCCUGCUGCUGCUAUUCCUUUUCCAGCGGAUGGGCACGAGCAGGGUCAGCUUUUCCUUCUCCCCGAUCAUGCUCGUCUGGUUCGCCUCCAUCGCCAUGAUCGGCCUCUACAACAUCGUCGUCUACUACCCGCCGGUCCUCAAGGCCCUCAACCCGUACUACAUCUACUGCUACUUCGCCAGGAACGGGGCCGUCGGCUGGGAGCAGCUCGGCGCCGUCAUCCUCUGCAUCACAGGCGCUGAAGCCAUGUUUGCCGACUUGGGCCACUUCAACAAAAGAUCAAUCCAGGUGGCAUUCUCGACGGUGGUGUACCCGUCGCUGAUCCUCGCGUACUCCGGCCAGGCAGCGUACCUGAUCAAGAACCCGGACCACCUGAGCACGGCGUUCUACAGCAGCAUUCCGGGGCCCCUGUUCUGGCCGAUGUUCGUCGUCUCUACCCUCGCCGCCAUCGUCGCCAGCCAGUCGCUCAUCUCCGCCAGCUUCUCCAUCAUCCGGCAGUCCAUCGUGCUCGACUACUUCCCCCGGGCCACCGUAAAGCACACCUCGGACAAGUACGAGGGCCAGGUGUACUGCCCCGAGGUGAACUACCUGCUCAUGGUCUUCUGCGUGCUCAUCACCAUCGGCUUCCAGGGCGGCCCGGAGAUCGGACACGCCUUCGGGGUGGCCGUGAUAUGGGUGAUGCUCAUCACCACGGCGCUCAUGACUGUGGUGAUGGUGGUGAUCUGGGACGUGCACCCGGUGAUCGCCGCCGCGUUCUUCGCCGUCUACGUGGCCGUGGAGGGCCUGUACAUGAGCUCACUCAUGAACAAGAUGGCGCAGGGCGGGUGGGUCCCGUUCGCCAUCACCGCCUUCUUCCUGGUGAUCACAGUGUCCUGGACCUACGGCCGGAAGAAGAAGGGCGAGUACGAGGCGGGCCACAUGAUCUCCGGCAACGAGCUCGCCGCGGUCGUGGCCAGGUCGGCGCGCGUGCCGGGGGUCUGCUUCUUCUUCACCGACCUGAUGAACGGCAUCCCGCCCAUUGUGCGCCACUACGCGGAGCACACUGGAUGCCUCCGCGAGCUGCUGCUGUUCGUCACCGUCAGGAGGCUGCCGGUGACCUCGGUGCUGCCGGAGGAGCGGUUCCUCGUGGCCUCCGAGGAGGAGGUGCCACCGGGGGUUUACAGGUCCGUGGUACAGUACGGGUACAUGGACAAGCAGGACAUGGAAGGCGAGGAGUUCCUCGAGUCGGUGCUCGCGGCGCUCAAGGAGGUCGCCCGCACAGCCGAGGAGGCCGCCAUGAUGGACCGAGCCUGCAGGAGCGGGGUGAGCGUCGUCAUCGGGAGGACGAUCCUGACGGCGAGCGGCGGGAAGCACGUGCAUGGCUGGUUCAGACGGUUCGUCGUCAAUCACAUGUACAGAUUCCUGCAGAAAAACUUCAACUCCGGCGUUUCAAACCUGAAGUUAGAUCAUGAGAAGACGAUGCAGGUCGGAAUGAGAUAUAGCGUUAAGCUAGAUUAAAUUCGUUUUUACAUUUUAGAACAUGUAAUAGCACAUAUAUUUCUUGAUUUCUUCGCGUUCUUGAUUCGUUACUUGCUGCUCGUAGACU